GCGGAGCGGUCCCGGUGCUGCCGAGGAGGGCGCGAUGGGCACGGGGUGGCUCUGAGGGCUCCGCCAUGGACCCGAGGCGACUGAACGAUUCCCUGCAGGAGCUGCUCUGCCGCUCCGGGAACGGUACCGGCUCUGCCAACGGCACCGGGACCGGCCCCACCUGGAACGGCUCCGCCUGCGACCUCCUCCGCAGGGGCCUCCGGGGGCCGCCGGCGCCCAAAGAGCUGGACCUGACGGUGCGCGUCCUGCUGUACGCGCUGAUCUUCGUGCUGAGCGUCUGCGGGAACGCCCUUGUGGUGGCCGUGCUGCUCCUCAACCGCCGCCUGCGCACCGUCACCAACUCUUUCCUGCUGUCCCUGGCGCUCAGCGACCUGAUGCUGGCGCUCUGCUGCAUGCCCUUCACCCUCAUCCCCAACCUCAUGGGCACCUUCAUCUUCGGAGAGGCCGUCUGCAAGUUGAUGGCCUACCUGAUGGGCGUCUCCGUCUCGGUCUCCACCUUCAGCCUGGUGGCCAUCGCCAUCGAGCGGUACAGCGCCAUCUGCAACCCGCUGCAGUCCCGCGUGUGGCAGACACGUUCGCACGCCUGCCGGGUGAUCGCCAGCACCUGGCUCUUCUCAGCCCUGCUCAUGUUGCCCUACGCUGUGUACAGCACCACGCGGCUGCUGCCCGUGCCCGGCGCCCGCCCGCCCCUCAGCCAGUGCACUCACGCCUGGCCCAGCGAGCACGUGAGGCAGGCAUGGUAUGUCCUGCUGCUCCUCGUCCUCUUCUUCAUUCCGGGCGUGGUGAUGAUCGUGGCUUAUGGGCUCAUCUCCCGCGAGCUGUACCGAGGGAUCCGCUUUGAGCUGGACAUCAAGGGGGAAGCAGCAGCCCAGCGCAGCACAGACCCACUGCCCACUUGUGACGAGGGCGACGGGUGCUACCUGCAGCUCUCCCGGCCGGGCGCUGCGCUGGAGCUGCGGGCGCUGGGCACGGCAGGGGCACAGCAGGAGCGGGCGCGCAUCAACAGCUCAGAGGCAAAGCUGGUGGCCAAACGGCGCGUGAUCCGCAUGCUGGUGGUCAUCGUGGCCAUGUUCUUCCUCUGCUGGCUGCCCAUCUUUGCGGCCAACACUUGGCGUGCCUUCGCACCGCGGGCGGCCCAGCGCGCGCUCUCGGGGACGCCCAUCUCCUUCAUCCACCUGCUGUCCUACACCUCGGCCUGCGCCAACCCGCUCAUCUACUGCUUCAUGAACCGUCGCUUCCGCACUGCCUUCCUGGGCACCUGUGCCGGCUGCCGCCGUGCCUGCCCGCGCCGCGCGCCCGACGAGGACGUGGCCAACGCCAACGCAUCGCUCUCCAAGUUCAGCUACACCACCGUCAGCAGCCUCGGCCCCCCCUGAACCCGCCCGGCCCCGCGCCGCCCCCAACAACAGUUCCCUCGUGCCCCGGCGCAGCCCCGCAGUCAUCCCCCGGAUCCCUGCAUCCUCUGCGCCCCGGUGCCGCCCCGCACGCGGUGUUCGCGGGCUCCCUGUUGUGGUGCCCGCGCGUGGGGAGGCGAGGAGACGCGGGACGGGCACGGGAGGCGGGGACUGCGCCGGCGUGGCUUCGCACUGCCUUCACCCUUCCUGUGGGGGGCCGCGGGGCAGGGCCGGAGGUGGGGCGGCGAGGGGAAAAUGCCGCUCCCCGGUUUCACCGGUCCGGCCGCAAUAAAGCCUUGGUCUGGUGCCGCCUGCUGCGCUUCUUCUGCCCCGCACCGGCACCGAGUCCCGUACAGCAGGGACCGGACCGGACCGGACCGGCACGAAGAGGCGCGGCGCGGUUGGGUCAUUCCCGGAGCCACGAGUGGUGCUGCGGUCUCCCCCGGCGGGCACAAUCAGCUCCGCAGCACACAGCGCUGACCGCAGACACGCGCAGCUGUGCGGGUUCGCACGACCGUGCACGGCCGUCCCCGCUCGGUGCACACACAGCCGCGGCGCAGUGGCACAGCGCUGCAGACACACACACACAUCUGGGCAAACACAACCGCGCUCGGCACUCGUGCAGGUUCACAGCGCCCCGAUGGGAUCCGCAUCCCACACUGCCCCAGCAGAGCUCCAAAUCCGGCAUCACCCCGAUGGGAUCCGCGUCCCGCAGUGCCUUUUGCAGCCUUUCCCCCAACGAAGGGGCUGCAUCUCUCACAGUGCCCAGUAGGACUCGUCCCACACCAAGCCCUAUAGGAUUCCAUCUCUCACAAUUCUCCAUUAGGACUCCAUUGCCCACGGUGACUGGCAGAAGACCAUUUCCCAUAGUCAUAGAAUCACAGAAUGGGUUGGGUUGGAAGGGAACCUCAAGGA